AUGACGGAGCACCUGCCCGAAGCCGCCGCAGCCAACACCAACUGCAACGCCGAAAUGUUCGAGUUUGUGCUUGCACGCUGGGGCGCCGAGGCUAAAGUCACCGACGCCGUGGUCAAGGUAGUCGUCACGGCCGGCGAUGGCCGUCUUGAAGCGCUCUUUAACUUACGAGACCAUGAAGUCAAGAUCUCGGACGACGUCGUCCUGGCGGCUGCCGAACACCGGCGCCUUUCCCACCGCUUGAUGGAGCUGCUCUUUCAGCGGCGCGGCCCUGGAGACCUGGUGGAAACGUUGCUUGCCGAACGCGGAAACGGAUGGGUGGCCGAGGAGAUUUUGGAAGCGGCGGUGGAAAAAAAGGCGGACGACGGCGUCCGGGAGAUUGGCAUCUUCUUUGAAGAGUCGCAGAUCAGGGAGGCGCUCGGGGUGUUCUUCGAGAAGACGGACGUCAAAGCCACGCCGCGCAUGAUACAGGUCGCCGGUCAGGACCAGGGGCGGGGCCACGAGGUCGUUGUCCUGCUGCUGGAGAAUCUACCCCCCGAUGAGCUGAGCGGUGCCGUCCUUGAGGGUGUCUUGCUGGGCGAGUCUGGCCUGCCCAUCGUGGAUACGCUUCCAGUGACGGUUCUGAGAAUACAAUCCGUGGCCCUAAAGGUGGGUCAUAUCGCCGUAGCCAGCCGGCGCGCCGCAUACCGUCGGGUAUCGUGA